UAUGUCCGUUUCCUAGCACGUUUAUACCCGCCGCUCUCUCGCAGGGCGGCCUGCGAUUCCCUUCAAACAUCGUUCAGCUCGAGCCCGCACAGCCAUUCGUUCCAAUUGGGGCAUCCGACGCUUCUUGUCGCUCGCAAUCAUGAGAAACUGGGUCGCCUUCAAUGAGCGACUAUGGCUGGACAUGCUUCUCCUGCUCGGCUUCUUGGCCUUCUUUACGUUAGCCAGAGAAAGUAACGGGGAAGCUGCCCCCACAGAGAGAGAAGCGGUUUACGAGACCGAAAAUCAGAAUGCUUUCCACCCACUGCGGCCCAAUAUUCCCCCAGACGAGCCCGUGCGCGAGCACGCGGCCUUCUACUCCCCCACUGCCGUAACCAACGCCCUCCAAGAACUCCACGCUGCGCUCGAAACAAUGCAAACCGAAUACUUCUCGCUUUGGCUCGGGAAGUGGACCACAGCAAUUGACUGGACUGCCGCCGUAAUGGGGACCCAUGUCUCCGCAACGCUCUCCUCGCUUUCCCACUCGUUGACCUACACCAUGCCGGGCACAUUUGACAAGACGCGGAAACUCGAUGUGGAAGCGCAAAUGAUAGAAAAUGAGAUCAACAAAUACUUCAGUCAUAUCAUCACGUACUACUUUGGAGAGGACCACUUUGCGAUACGGAACCAGGCGUACGACGAUAUCCUGUGGGUGGUUUUAGGGUGGCUGGAGAGCGUACAAUUUAUAGAUUCACAUUCGGACAGCCAUUAUCCGCCUAGCGGUGAGAACGGAGAUGGAGAGUGGUACGCGCGACAGUUCAUACCUGCGUUUGCACAUCGCGCAAGGGUAUUCUAUGAAUUGGCCGAAAAGGGAUGGGAUUGGAGACUCUGCGGUGGAGGCCUGACGUGGAAUCCACGAUUACUACCUUACAAGAACGCCAUCACGAACGAGCUGUUCAUCUCGGCCAGCAUCGACAUGUAUCUCUACUUCCCCGGCGACGAUAACUGCUCCCCGUUCCUAGGCGCGAAGGAUCAAGCACACCCCGACUGGAAGAGACUCCACGCACAAGAACAACGCGACCCUGCCGCUUGCCCAGACGGAACCCCAGCGUCUCCAACAUACGAUCCGAUCUAUCUCGCGAAUGCAAUCAAUGGUUAUGACUGGCUCAAGAACGUUGGGAUGACAAAUGACCAGGGUCUCUACGUGGACGGCUUCCACAUUAAGGACUACUACCGCAACCACAGUAAAACGGAAUGCGAUGACCGUAACGAAAUGGUAUACACCUACAACCAAGGCGUGAUUCUCUCUGGUCUCCGCGGGCUCUGGGAAGCUACGGGAAACAUAACCUACCUCGAAGACGGCCACGAACUUAUCCGCAACGUGAUCCACGCUACUGGCUGGACAGACACCGACAUCGCGCCGACAGUCUCCCUCACGACCCCAUCCAAGCACGAAAACCCCGCAAGGAAUCCCUACCUCUUCCCAGUACCAGCCGGCGGCUGGGCUGGCCUCGGUGCGCACGGUAUCCUCACCGAGCUCUGCGACCCCUUCGGCACCUGCUCGCAAAACGGGCACACGUUUAAGGGAAUCUUCUUUCACCACCUAACUACAUUCUGCACGCCGCUUCCUCUCGUCCCCGUCCGCCGCGGCAAGACGUUCGGCGCUUCGCCGGCCACGGGUAAACUACAUCACCAGAGCUGCAACGAGUAUGCGCCGUGGGUGGUCCACAACGCACAAGCCGCGCUUAAGACUCGAGACAGCAAGGGAAAGUUUGGCACGUGGUGGGGCGCGGAGGCGGACCCAGAUGCGCGGAGAAAGGCGGAGUGGCCACCUGAGGCGAAUCCGCUAAUCCCCGGGGACGCUUUCGACUAUCGCAAUUCGCUUUCUGACGUUUCCGACCCGGGGACGGGCGAGGAAUUCAUCUUCCAGCCCUUGUCUCCACGCAACGUCCACAUUACGAGUGAUCUCAAUGAUCGGGGGCGAGGCCGCACCGUCGAGACGCAGGGUGGUGGCGUUGCUGUAGUUAGGGCUAUGUGGGAGUUUUUGAGGCGCUAUGAGGGCGGUGAUGACUUAUAAGUGUUGAUACGGAGUGCUUGUCGGCGUAACAGAUGGCUAUAUACUGUUGAUGAUCGAGGAAUUGUACGAUACGAUACCCUCAUUCGCUAUUGAUAUCGGGGCAGCCGGUGCGUGGAAGCACACGAGAUAUAUACGACGCAACGAGAAUACAUCGAUAUCACGAGUUCUUCUUUGCAUUCCGUCACUCGUCCAUCAGUCUGCAGUUAACCCCAGCGAUAUUUGUCUGUCCGAAGUCAUGGAACGCGUUCAUCUCUCGCUGGGC